CUCGACGCCUGGGAGAGGACCACACUCCCCUCACCGUUAGCCCGCUAAGCUAGCUAGCUCCGCUAACUUAGCAGCGGUCUCCGUGGCUAGCCUGCGGUCUCCUGCGGCACGGCGGCGGGUUGGGCUGAAUCGUCACCCUCGAAGGAGCAUGUUUAAGUGACGUGGGAAGGACGAGGUGGGAUCUCUGACGCUCCGCCCCUCUCCUGGUGGAGCACCCUGCGCAUCUGACCAGAGACCCCUGCAGUCACUCGGACAGGAUGCGGAGGUUUGCCUACUGUAAGGUGGUGUUGGCCACCUCUCUGGUGUGGGUGAUGCUGGACAUGUUCAUUUUGCUCUACUUCAGCGAAUGCAACAAGUGUGAUGAGAAGAAAGAGAGAGGACUGCCCGGGAGAGACGACACGCAGGCCAGGCCGCGUGAUGGACCCGGCGAAGGAGGCAAACCCGUGGUGAUAUCCAAAGAGAAGCAGGAGAAGAUGAAGGAAAUGUUUAAGAUCAACCAGUUCAACCUCUUGGCCUCUGAUAUGAUUGCUCUCAAUCGUUCACUGCCUGACGUCCGCCUGGAAGGGUGCAAGAACAAGUUAUACCCAGAUAAUCUUCCUCGCACCAGUGUGGUGAUUGUAUUUCACAAUGAGGCCUGGACCACUCUGCUGCGAACCGUCCACUCCGUCAUCGAUCGCUCUCCAAACUCGCUGCUGGAGGAGAUUGUCCUGGUAGACGAUGCCAGUGAGAGAGAAUUCCUAAAGCAAAAAUUGGAGCAGUAUGUUCGAAAGCUCGAGGUUCCUGUCAGAGUGGUGAGGAUGGAACAGAGGUCGGGACUCAUCCGUGCUCGCCUCAAGGGAGCGUCCAUCUCCACCGGCCAGGUCAUAACCUUUCUGGAUGCUCACUGUGAAUGUACAACAGGUUGGCUAGAGCCUCUGCUUGCCCGCAUCAAGCAAGACAAGAAAACUGUGGUGUGCCCCAUAAUCGAUGUGAUCAGUGACGACACGUUUGAGUACAUGGCGGGCUCUGACAUGACAUAUGGAGGCUUCAACUGGAAGCUCAACUUCCGCUGGUACCCUGUACCCCAGAGGGAGAUGGAUCGCCGCAAAGGAGACCGCACUCUUCCUGUCAGGACUCCCACCAUGGCGGGCGGCCUGUUCUCCAUAGACAGGGACUACUUCCAGUUGAUUGGCACGUAUGACGCAGGGAUGGACAUCUGGGGAGGAGAAAACCUUGAAAUCUCGUUCCGAAUCUGGCAGUGCGGCGGGACCCUGGAGAUCGUGACGUGCUCUCACGUGGGCCACGUGUUCCGAAAGGCCACGCCCUACACGUUUCCUGGGGGAACGGGGCAGAUCAUCAACAAGAACAACCGGCGCCUGGCGGAGGUGUGGAUGGACGAGUUCAAGAACUUCUUCUACAUCAUCUCUCCCGGCGUGACCAAAGUCGACUACGGUGACAUCACGUCUCGCGUCGCUCUAAGACAAAAGCUUCAGUGUAAACCCUUCAGUUGGUACUUGGAGAACGUGUACCCAGACUCUCAGAUCCCCAGGCACUAUUACUCCAUGGGCGAGAUCCGUAAUGUGGAGACCAACCAGUGCCUGGACAACAUGGCCCGAAAGGAGAACGAGAAGGUCGGCAUUUUCAACUGCCACGGCAUGGGAGGCAACCAGGUCUUCUCCUACACGGCCAAUAAAGAGAUCAGGACGGACGACUUGUGUCUAGAUGUGUCCAAGCUAAACGGACCUGUCAUGAUGCUCAAGUGCCACCACCUUAAAGGCAACCAGCUCUGGGAGUACGAUUCUGUGAAGCUGACUCUGGUCCACGUCAACAGCAACCAGUGCCUGGACAAAGCCAGCGAGGAGGACAGCCAGGUCCCCAGCGUCAGAGACUGUUCACACACGCGCUCCCAACAGUGGCUGCUCCGCAACGUCACACUACCAGAGGUCUUCUGACCACACUCUGCACACUCACCAGCACACACACUCUCACACACACACACACACGCACACACACAGCAGCCCAGAGUGAGAAAUCAGGGGAACAGACGUGGUUAUUUUUUUUUAUUUUUUUUUUUUUAUUUUUUUAAAUUGGGCACAAGAAAAGGAGAGACUUCCCGCGAAGGGAUUUGAGAGGAGAUCGGACUGGACGGUACUACCUCUGCCAGAGAUCAGAGGAAGGAGCAUAUUCGAGCCUUCUUUCAGCAGGAAGAGAGGAAGGACUCCUUCCAGGAGACAGUGGCUGUCGUUGUUGCGUUUGUUUUUUUUAUGCUUUUUCUUUUAAGGAGAUUUGAACUGUGGAGAGUGAUGCUCCUGCGUGUGAAUAUAGGACUGGCUGCUGAGGUCGAGGUUCUGCACUCACAGCUUCCCUGGACAAAGCAGUCCACCCCUCAACUCAUCACUAAACGUUUACUGACUGCCUCUUGUAAGAGUGUGGGCACUUAUGUGUGUGUGUGUGGACUUGAAUGUAUGCUUUGAGAAAGGAGGUUGAUUUCCUUGUUGAUUUCAAUUUUUUUUUUAAAUUAAUUUUGUAACAUUGUAACAUUGAACAUGAACUCUGGUGAACUCCUAUGAAGAAGCGUGUUGCGUGUAUGUGUGAGACUAUUGUGUGCUUGUGUCAGAGCCCCUCCUACAGUCUUGCAGCAGUGUAUGUCGCCCUCUGGUGUUACUCUUCGACAUUUCAUCCCACAGACUGAAGCCUCCACGCUGAGGAAUUUCCAAGGGACUGCACAUGUAAAAACAAACAAAAAAAGAGAGCAAGAGGACUGAACGCGAGGACUCGACGUCUGCCAUCAGCAGAGAAUUAGAACUAGAGAAAAAAAAAAGUUGUUGUCAUAUCUUGAGAUUCCUGUAUCCAGUUUUUACAUGGAUUUGUUUCUACAGUCCUGUGAGGGUGUCCCACAGCAGUAACCCUAGUCUGUCCCAUAGUCUGUGCAUCUGGUGUCUGAAGAUGUUUAACAUAGAGCGAACACAGAGGACUCUGCAUAUAUAACUGAUACUCACUGCCUAAUGUAUUGUUAAAUCAUAGGGAUCUCUCCCAUAAGACACUACAUAGUCACACACAUACGCAUCCUGUAAGCAUAGGAAAAGGCGCAUAUGUCAUAUCUUCUUCUCAAUGACCUCUUACAACGUAACACUCCAAGGGCUUCUUUCCUCCAGCGGAGUGUGUGGGCGGCCGUGCCGCUGUGUGUACGGGCACGUCUUCAGUACUAAUCCCAGUCCAUCAGCUCCCCGUUUACUAGGACGAACAAGUUCUCAGAUUUCACGCUGUCGGACGUCCACGAGCCCGUAGUGUAGGCUAGACAGCGCGCUCCUGCUUCCAUUGUACUGAAAGAGGAAAACGGCUGCUUUUAUUUUCCAAACGGAGGGACGCGUCUGCGUAAGAACGCCUGGGAACUGGUGAUAGAAUAUCAACGAGGCGUUGCUGAGGUGUGUGAGGAGAAGGAAUCAGGGACAGAAGAGUCGGAGGGAUAGAAAGACUUGAACUGUCUUACAAAGAGCACAGCGACAGCAGUAAACAUAUCAUGACCUAUUACUACGUAUGUCACUUUACAAAUUCAUUCUUCUUUUUCACCAGUUAUCUGAACUGUCUCACUUCAAACAUCAGGCAUUUAUUCUAUUAUACCAUGCUGCAGCUGCAAGUCAGGGCAGAGGAGACGACUCCAUAAAGGUUUUAACCAUUUCAUCUUCCUCCAGUGGAGGGAGGGUUUACAUAGAGGACACAUCAUUAGUUCACCUUUUGUUGUGAAGACGGUAGUGGGAAAAGGUCACCGACUGGUUUCCACGUCUGAACGAGUGGUUGUGUGACAAAGAUGCGAGCGUUUUCUGAUUGUGUUUGGAUUGUUCUGAUUUGGGGAGAGGGAGGGGUUGAAGUUGACAUGUCCAGGCUUCCACAAUGAGCUGAUCCAAAUGUAGAAAAUAAAGGCGAAAACGUUUACAGAACAGUACAGUGA